AUUAUCCUUCUUUAAGUUAGAAAUGUCUAAUUCUGAACUUGUGAGUUGUGACCAAAAAUAUGUUUUGCAUUUCAGAAAAUCAUUUGUCCGUCCGGCCAGCUCCUCAAGUCACUUAACAUGUCUAAGAGUAUCAUUUUUGAAAGAGCUUUCUAUAUUUUUAGGACCCUCUUCAAUAUCAAACUAGCUCGGUAGGAAUAGAGCUCUAAAGUCUGUCACUGGUGAGCCAUUUCUUGAAAGUUGGAGAGAAUAACUAGCCAUGUUAGUUACAAUUCUUAGCAGUUUCACUUUCGCUAAGCAGAGGAAUCUAGUUGAGAUUUUUCCAGAAAGUCUGAGAAUAUUAUGGAGCUUGUGGGAAAUCCGCGUUACGGUGCUAGUGAGCCUCAUCCUACAAGGCAUUCUCAUACUGUUAGGCAACAGGAGAAAACAUUCAACCAGAAAUUGGCUUAGGUUUAUUCUCUGGCUUGCCUACUUGUCCGCAGACUGGGUUGCAACACUCUCACUCAGCCUACUUUCCAGCAAUUCGAUAGACCAUGAUGCGAAUUCAAAAGACCUAGACUACAUCAUCAUAGCAUUUUGGGCUCCAUUUCUUCUUCUUCACCUCGGUGGCCCAGACACUAUUACCGCAUCAUCUUUGGAAGACAAUGAGUUGUGGUGGAGGCACUUCCUUGUGCUACUAGUCCAGGUUGCAGUUGCUUUCUACAUCUUCCUUAGAGCCUGGGGUGGUUACGCACUUAACUUCCUAGCCAUUCCCAUGUUCGUUGCUGGCAUUAUCAAAUUUGGAGAAAGGACUUGGGUUCUGAGGUCUGCAAGCAGUGACAAUUUUAGAGAGUCUAUGCUCCCUCCUCCUGAUCCAGGCCCCAACUACGCCAGAUACAUGAACGAGUUCCGCUCUAAGGAAUCUGAAGGCUUCAAGGUUGAGUUAGGGAGAGUGAUUGAAACUCCUAAAGUCGGUUAUUAUUCCCAUACAGCACCAAGAAACAUUUUUCCAAAUGCAGCCAAUCUGCAAGAUGCCCAUCUUUUCUUCAAUAUUUUCAAGGCGCUGUUUGCUGAUCUCAUCCUCAACAUCCAUGAUAUCGUAAACAGCCGAUCCUUCUUCCAGAGCAGAUCCUACGGUGAAGCUUUCAAAGUGAUUGAGAUUGAGCUCGGAUUCUUGUAUGAUGUGUUUUAUACAAAAGCUGUGCUGGUUUAUUCUGUCAGGGGUGCCAUUUUUCGUGCUGUCAGUUCUGUUUGCAUCACUUUUGUUUCUGUCUUCUUCUGGCUCAUUGAGAAGAAAGCUUACUCUAAAGAAAAUGUAAUCCUCACUUAUGUGUUGUUGGCUGGAGCUAUCAUCCUAGAGAUCUAUGCUGUAUUUUUAUUAUUCCUCUCAGAUUGGACAAUGCUAUGGCUAAGUAAGAAAAGGAGAGCAGGGAAAUUGUUUUAUCCGGCAAUUAAAUCUGUUUCUUCAGCUGAAAACAAGAGGUGGUCUAAUGUGAUAUCGCAACAGAACUUGAUACGUUUCUGCCUUGAAGAUACACCUGUGAAGUGCUCUAUUCUGCAGAAGGUCCAGAUAUACAAGAAACUGAAGAUAUAUAAGAAGUUGAAAAAGCACCUUUACAUUGGUUCAAAGGAUGUUUAUCAGGAGUUGAAAGAACUGAUAUUUGAUCAGCUUCUAAAGAAAUCAAGGACUGCCCCAGAACUCAAGGACUGCAAGAAAUUAUGUACUCAUAGGGGUGCCUGGAUUCUUGAAAGUGAGAAAUGUCAUGAUAAACUUGGCUGGAGCAUUGAAGAAGAAUUCGAUCAAAGCCUUCUUCUUUGGCAUAUUGCAACAGACCUCUGUUAUUACUCUGAUAUGAAGAGAACCCCAAACUUUGUUGAGGAUCAAAGUUGUAAAGAUAGCAAGUCUAUAUCAGAAUAUAUGCUGUAUCUUCUAGUUAUGUGCCCCUCCAUGCUACCCAAUGGCAUCGGACAAAUCAGGUUCCAAGACACAUGUGCCGAGGCCAUUGAAUUCUUUGAAGAAAGAAAAUGCAAAGGAGACAAAAAGGCUAGCAAAGCAUUACUUGAGGUGAGCACUGAAAUACCUCCUGCUGAAAUUAAAGGAGAUAGAAGCAAGUCUGUGCUAUUUGAUGCCUGCAGGCUUGCGAAGACAUUGCAAUUGCUAGAAACUGAAGAAAAAUGGGAGAAUAAAAAGAAGUGGAAGUUGAUAAGUCAUGUGUGGGUGGAAAUGCUAUCUUAUGCUGCAAGUCAUUGUCCAUGGAAUCAGCAUGCUCGGCAACUCAGACGGGGUGGAGAGCUGCUCACUCAUGUGUGGCUUCUUAUGGCACAUCUUGGUAUAACUGAACAGUUUCAAAUUUCAAAGGGCCAUGCUAGAGCUAAAUGGAUUGUGCAGUGAAAUUCAUAUGUAUGCAGGAUUUUUUUAAAAAGAAGGCCAGAAAGACCUCUUGAUACUCUACUAGGUAUAUAUAAAUUCUGUUGUAUGAUAAUAUGCUUUUUUUUUAUUUUUGUACUUUGGAGUAUCUCAAAGAUGUCCUAGUCCAAAAUAAGGUACUCAAUUCACUUA